AUGGACGAUAAACUUGAAGAAAAUACCAUGGAUCAUGAGGAUAGCUACCCAAGAAUUGAUGUGCUGAGGAGCCGAUAUCCUUAUUGCAUUGUGUGGACACCAAUUCCUGUAUUGACGUGAGUAGUAGUUAUAACGCUCUCACUCGGAUUGAAAUUUUUCAGUCGAAAUGAUAUCCUUGCCAUGACCAACACGCUGUGUGUUAAUCUUGUUUGUAGAUGGCUUUUUCCUUUUAUUGGUCAUAUGGGAAUUGCAAUGUCCUCAGGAGUGAUCAGAGACUUCGCUGGUCCUUUCUAUGUUUCGGUAAGGAUCCUCGAUCCCACCGUACCUUCAUCCAAUCAUGACAUGUAUAUCAGCUUAAGCCUGGUUUUCACUAGCGCAUAAACGGGCGGCGUAAACGUAAGCAUAAGCACAAGCACAAGCCACAUGUGUAAGCAAGUGAGAACACCGGCGACAUAAGCAUAAGCACAAGAAGAACGGACAUGUUCGUUCUUCUUGUGCUUAUGCGUAUGCUUAUGUGGUAGCUUUGACCAGUGAGAACGGGGUCGACGUGAGCACAAGGAUAAGCAAUCGUCUUCGUCAGCCAUCUUGUUUAUCAUCGAGUCAAGCAACUUGUAGCUUGUGUGCAUUUCUUCUGUCUGCUUUUAUGAAUUUAACAUUCAUGUCCAAUACUCACCACUUGUUCAAGUCAUAAACCUUAAGAUUGAAGUGGCAAGAUUGCUGAAUGUGAUAGAUGGACCUUUGAGUCAAAGAGUGGUACUAGUAAAGCUGCAUCUUUGAGAGCAAAGAGAAGGGUUACAACUUUUGUUGUUGUUGUUGUUGUGGGUUGCACUCUAGUAUAGGUAAUGCAUGAACAAUGAACAAGAACACACAGGGCGUGACCUUUCUUUUUUAAUUGAUUAUUUUGUUGCAUAGUUUAAAAAUGUACAAACAUCAAUAAGGAAGUUUGAAAGAAUAUAUAUUAAUUUUAUAUAACUCAACCCUUGAUAACUUGAACAUUCCGCUAGCUCAAAAAAAAAUUUUUGUUUCCCUUUUUGUUAUUUCUAUUCUACCCUCGAUAACUCGAACAAUGUUUUAAGUGCAUGACAAGUCAGAAAAAAAAAACGGUGUAUCACUGUACAGAAGUACGAAGUACUGAGUUUAUUUUAAGACAACCAUGUCAAUUCUUUGUUAUCACUUUUUUUUGUCACUCCAGUUCAAAUUCAGUGUCCAUCCCUGUGAAGUGUGCAUGAUACUUCCAUUCCCUCCUCAUCUUUUUGCUUAUUUGUUUGGAAUUCCUGAUAACCUAUCCCUUGUCUAGAAGGUUCAAGUUAACGGGAGUUGACUGUUUAUCAUUUUUUCAGUCUACAUUGCAUUAUUUUGUUUACUAUGUGAAUUGACCAUUUUCCAUGCAUAGCUCUAAUAAAUAUUGAAAAAUGUUAGUGAAGCAUGGGAAUUUAUAGAAAUGUAUCUUUGCUCCCAGUUUAACAUUUGCCAGAAGAACUGUGCCUCUCCCAAAACUGAUUUUGAUCUAAUGACGUGCAAGUUGUAAUCAUAACCUCGCCAUACAUGUAGGACUUAAGAAAAAGAAAGGACCAAAGUCAGAUUUAACAAAUGGAAACUAGAUAGGAAGUGAUCAAAUGAGGAAUUCAAGACCCUGCAAACUCCCCCUCCCAGUAAAUUAAAGAAUGACAUAGGAACUCUGUUAUUCAAUUCAGGCCAAAAAAUGAAAAACUAAAAUGAGGAACACUAACAAUACAUAAAUUGAUGAAUAUGAUUCUCCAUUUCCUCCUCUGUAGGAAGAUGACAUGGCCUUUGGAAAACCUACAAAGUAAGACAACCCUUCUUUUGUGCAUUAGUUAUUCUGAAUUAUCUUCACUAUUCACUAUUUUAACAGUAGAAAGCAAACCUGAGUUUGCUGUCAGCAGUUAGUUGAUAAAAGAAGCAAGAAUAUAAUUCAUCAAUUUUUAUUAUCGCCAACAGAGGUUACAGCUGUAUUUUAAAUAAUAUUGUUAUAUCAUGUGACCUUGAAACAGACAAGUCACGAUGGAAGCAAGUGACUGUUCUUGAGGCAAACAAGCUAUAUAACCGUGGCUUGUUUUUAGUCCAGCAAACGUGUGAAGUUUACAAAACAGCUGACAAUGAACAUAACAAUUAUAAAGUAAAAUUAAGGUGAUGAAACAAUAAUGUUUGAUGCAAUUACCUGGUAUACAGGUUCUGGCGUUUAAAUCCAGCAAAAGUGUCAAGUAUGCAAAACAGCUGGGACAUAGCAAUCUCAUCUGCUUCUGAGGAAUACAAACACAGAAUGGUAAAGUUAGUUGUUAAAUAAUUUAUACUUAAAUUUAAGAGAGACAUACAUGUUGUAGGUAUCAUCAUCAUAAUCAUCAUCAUUAUCAUCUAUCAAUAUCAACAUCAUCAUCAUCAUCAUCAGAUCAUCAUCAGAUCAUCAUCAUCAUCAUCAUCAUCAUCAUCAUCAUCAUCAUCAUCAUCAUCAACAACAAUAUAAUUAUCAUCAUUAACAUGAUCUGAUUAUCUUUAUCAUUGCAAUGAUGAUACAGUGUGUAUAUGGUCUCAAAUUUCUGAGAGUUUGUUUAUUGCUGCCUAUUUAUUAUGCCUUUUGCUCUGUACAGCACAACCUCUGCUGUGAUAACUGCCACUCCCAUGUAGCCAUGGCUCUGAAUUUGAUGCAGUACAACAGGUCAUCAUCCUGGAAUAUGGUCAAGCUGUGUUUCUUCAUGUUGAUUUAUGGAAAAUUCACCAGGUAUUUCACUUAUCACGUCAGGUCCACUGGCAGUGAUAAAAAAUAGCUGCAUGUAGCACAUGCCUGUGAUCAACCCCAUGUUUUUUUCGAAGACCACAAACAAUGUACUUGAUCACCAAACAGCUAGAAAUCAAAUCAAUUGUUCAUUAAUACUAAUAAUGAAGUACAUCAUUGUGUACCUUUUACUAUAAAAUUCUAAGAUUAUUGUUGUUGAUUUUGACUUUCAGUUUGGGAGCAUUCCUGAAGACAUGGGUUCCUUUCACUGUAAUUGCAGUUGGAAUUAUUCUCUUAAUCAUUCUACUGUGA